AUGGCCGAACAACACCUGCCCACGAUAGACAACGAAAAUCCAUUUUAUUGUCCAACGGUCUCUCCUACGGCCUACUUGGCGACAUUGCGGCGGUCGCUGCAGUCUAAUACCUUUUCGCUCUUUCAAGAAAAUUCUCUCUUCGCUUGGAAACUGAAUCUCACCUCCACAAAACAGCAUCAAGUUGCCUCAUUUCCUUACGUUUGCGCAAGUACGCCCGCCAGGUCUUCCGUCUCUGGCAGUCCGUCGUCUCGUUCUCCUUGGGUACAAUCUCGAAAACAUGCAUCGAAAUAUCAAAGCGCACUAGUUGUUUCUCAACGCCACAGAAUGUCUUUCAAUAACCAACUUGCCAUGCGUCCACCAAAGCGAACGAGGUCGUCGUCAGCUAUAGGUGACCAUCCUAGGCCUUUCAAACGCACAAAAUCUUCAGAAGACGAUCAGAAUAUCUCGUUCGAAGCCUCUGAAAGAAAACGUCUAUUUGCUUCUUCUUUAAGUUACGACGACGAAUCCUUUGAUUUUAUGAUGCCCGAGAAACAGCAGGGACCUGGCUUGACUGGAUCUACGUCCGACCCCAUUGCGGAAAUCAAACUUCAGCUCAGAGAUCUCAAAGAAACUGUUUACGGCCCAUUCAUCGGCGAAGACAUUCCUGAACAGAUACCAUUUCUCACUGCUCGUUUGUAUUCUCAAAUCGGUAUAGACAUCCUCCAGAAGUUACAUUCCAUGAAGAAUUUGACACAUCAGAAAAUCGCAAAUGUGCUUGCAAGCAAUGGGUAUCUUAGUGAACGUGUCUUAAAUGUACUGAGAGCGUCAACCGUAUAUUGUCUCGAUUUAUCCUCUUCGAUGAAUAACGAAGGCGGACUUAAUCUCUCAGGACAAGACGUGUUACGAGUGUUAGACCAGCCUCAUAGCUUUCGAUUCCUGUCCGAGUUGUGUCUUAGCGGCACCUCCUUGCGGGAUUCCGAUCUUGUUCACAUUCAACGUCUGUCAAAUUUGCGAAAGCUUCUUCUGGAAAGCACUGGCAUAGGAAACGAAGCGAUAUUCUUGCUUACAGGUCUAAAACAAACGCUCACGCAUCUUUACCUUGCAUUCAAUCCAAAAAUCAAUAACGAUGCGAUUCCUGUUCUUGAAAUCUUUCUUAGCUUAUCAUUCUUGUCUCUUUUCGACACUGGGAUUGACAUGUCCGGUUUGCGGCGCUUGGCUCUUGUAAUAUGCAAGGAUAAUCGUGUCGUUGACAUCGAAAUACCCGUUUGCUGCGAAGAGUACAUCGACAAUCUUCAAUCCAAAUAUAUGAUCAACCCUCGCGCUCCUUUGAUUGUCGACUCGUCCGUCUGCGCACAGCUGUCUGAAGCGGCCUUAGCUAGGAACCUGGCGGCCCACGCCAAAUUCAACACAGCCAUAGUUGCUUCCGGUACCAAAAUAGAAAUGAUAGAAAGACUUGUGAAAAUUCUGGAGACGCGCGAAAUGGAUCUGGUAGUUCGAGAUAUGCUUUGGGGCGAUCAGGAUGGCAUCCCUUGA